AUGUCUUCAAUAUACGUUGACACGGUCUCUCCUGCGUCGCUUCAUGAUCUUCGCGAUUACACCAAGGAUCCCAUGCAGCACCCUCAACACCACUUCGGCAACCAUCAUAACCAUACCGGCCCCGUCACACCGGCAGAAUCGCACUUGCUGUCGCCUUACUCAUCCCAUCUCCGGAGCAACUCGGCCUCGCCAACAGGCAAUUUCAACACCCCGACCGAUACCGUCUCUACGGCCGAUUACUACCAGCCAAGCGAGGACUUCAGCAGCAGCGAGUUCGCUGACGACCCGUUCUUUGGGGCGAGUUUCGACGAUAUCGAUGUGCCUGACUUUGUCGGGGAACCCGAAAGCACAGAGCAAUCCGUGGUUGACCUUACUCCUGCAGUACGGGACGAUGGUGUGCCGUAUACCAGUUACCCCAUAAGCCCUCAUAAGACGCCGUCCCUACCAACGACAUCAUUCUUCGGAGCCAGUAACAAAGGCACCCCUUCCGACCUCCACGGCUCGGUUCUGACGCGUGAUCCCUCAGCCCAAGCUCAAGCACAACCCCGGCCACCGACAAAGUCCAUUGAUUCCAAUCAGUCUGCCCCGCAGCUGACUCCCGACACACGCGGUGGAAGUUGGUCGAGCGACGAUAGCCUUGCGCCGGCUGCCCACGCCAUGGCCGCCCGAAGCCCACGUGUGACCGUCUCCAUGUGGAACAAGGACGAGGAUGGACCUGUACAAGGAAUCGAAAGGUCGUUCACGACAGGUGCCGAGACUCCCCGGACUGUGCGUGCUCCCCACAGCACAGCCGGUGAUUUGGCAUGUUCGGCAUAUCAAUCAACUCUCGACAGUCUGGCGAUGGUGUCUCGUGACGUGCAUGGCAGUUGGGUACCGAAUUCGGGUACUGGGCAUCGCGGCCUCGCCCCAGGCGACCGGCCGUCUGGGGAAGUCCCGAGCCUCAAUCAGCAGACUUCGCAGCGAGAACGCCAAGAGAAGAACAAGGAGGUUUUCGCCUGGGUCUCCAGGUCCGCAAGUGAUCCGAAUCAGCCGCCCGCGACUGGCUCAGGAGGGUCCUCUUCCAGGCUUGCUGGUCCACAACUGAACGACGAUGAUAACAUACCAGCUGGUGAAGUACCAUUGGGAGAUGCAACCGAGAACAGACAUGUUCCUGGCCAGGCAUAUAUCCACGCCGAUGGACCAGGCGGGCCGAUGACCCAGACUGAUUUCGAGAUCAUGAGGCACCUUCGCAAUUGGGGAGAUGGGCCGGCGAUUCAUGCUAUCCAGACCGGCACGCCUUACCAGCCAGAAACCUCACAAGCCGCCAUUGAAAAGUUCCAUCGACAAUGCCAGGACAACGAAUCUAUUGUUUCGCAUGCCGCUACUUGGGGUACCCGCAGACGAAGCAUGCCUAGUGUCGUAGAUGUGGAAGGAGUCAUCAGCGGGAACUUCUUGAAGAAGCUCUCCAUCAGCCACUCCCACCGGCCGAGCUUCAUGAAGAAGAUCCCCAGCCUUGUGCGCAAACCAAGCGCCAGCCAACUACGCAAGCGUAAGGGGAGCAAUGCCAGCGAGGUCUUGCAUGAAGAUAUCGAUGACCAGGGGGACAGGCGUGGGUCGAAAGACAGCCUAGCGCCGCCAUCCCGUACGUCAAGCUGGGGCCUGAGCGGGAUGAACAAGAAGCCGACUCCAAGCUUGAAUACCGCACUGUUUGAAAUGACCACGGGCGCUGCUGCCAUCGGAACCACUCAUGCUCGAAGUGGCUCUGUCAGUGCAUCGUCGAUGACUUCGCCAAAAACCCCAUUCGCGCUCAGCUUGCCACCAGUCAAGAGUGCUCUAAGAAGGCCGAGGAGCAAGACCGAGCUUCCGAAGACCUCUAACCCCGAGGGACUUUCAAACCUGGUUGGCAUGUUGAAGAAGCAAGGAGGACCUCCCGUUGCUCAAUUGGCAAGAUCCCAGCCCGCAGUAGACCCGGAGGACGACGACGAAGACGACGAUGAAGGGUUCGACGAUAUGGACAUGAAGACUGAGCAGGGGGAAUCGGAGGCCAUAGUUCCGACGUUCGGAGGCUUCCGGGAGCAUGUCCUACGGUUGAACCCGAGGCUUGCAUGCUCAGAAGGGGCUGAAAGCCACCACUAUCUGGUCGACCGGAUCGCCCAUCAGAUGAUCAUCCGUUACAAGCAGCUUCUGAACGCGAAGAUCAAGCAUUUGAACCAAGUCAACCAGCGGAACUGCCCUUGUGGCACGUCAUGCAUGGCACUUGGUGGCUCAGCUAUGCCUCUGGACAGCCGAGGUAUCGACCGUGGGUUUGACCCUUUGUCUGCUCGACCAGAUUCCUCGGACGGAGACACGACGCCGCUGGAAGGGGGCAUCAACGCGGAGAUGUUCCCAUCGGGCAUUCCUAUUCCUCCAACGCCGUCUCUGCCCGCCGAAUUCGAGUGCCAGCUAUGCUAUAGCAGCAAGAAGUUCCAGAAGCCUUCCGACUGGACGAAGCACGUGCAUGAGGACGUGCAGCCAUUCACUUGCACCUGGGACAAAUGUCGUGACCCUAAGAUGUUCAAGAGAAAAGCAGACUGGGUCCGGCACGAGAAUGAGGGUCAUCGUCACCUAGAGUGGUGGACCUGCGACGUCGAUGACUGCCACCACACUUGCUACAGAAGGGACAACUUUCUGCAACAUCUUGUGCGGGAGCAUAAGUUCACAGAGCCGAAGGUCAAAACCAAGGCAGCGAUCAAGAAGGCCGGCGGAGGUGACCGUACGUGGCAAAAGGUCGAACAGUGCCACAUUGAGACGUCGAGCAAACCAUCCGACGAAGCUUGCAGGUUCUGUGGCAAGACGUUCCCUACGUGGAAGAAGCUCACGGUCCACUUGGCCAAACAUAUGGAGCACAUCAGCCUCCCGGUACUGAAACUUGUCGCAGCUAAAGAUCUCGACGCAGACACCAUCAUCAGCCCGGUUCAGGACCCCCCGCCGCGCAGCUUUGGGAACCUUCCUUCUACACCUGUGAUCAAGCAGGAUCCUCAUCAGAUGUACAGCCCCCCAGGACCUCACUCGACUGUCGACUCCAGCAUCAUGGACUAUCAUAACAGCCCACAUAGUAACAUCGGCUAUCCUACCAUACCCCAGAUGCAGAACACGUAUUACGCUGGCCAUCAACCUGCUCAACAAUCCUACGGGAUGGCCCCGAACCGAGAGCCUACCAUGAUGAUGCCGCAGCAUUUCAACACCCAGCCACAGUAUCAGUCUUUGCCUGUCACGACCGCGUCACCAUACCCCCCAGCCGCUAGCACGUAUGCUAUGAACAUGCAGGUUCAAGAUACCGAACCAUUUCCUGCCUUUCCAAAAUCCCUUGGCAUAGAGGAUCCUACCGGGGGCAUGGGCUACGACAACAUGUUGAACCCUGCCAUGCAGCCAGUGCGACAAUACGGCAGUAAUCCAGGCUCAGUAUCGCCAUACUCCCACUCACCACACCAUGGCCACGCUGGCACCUUCUACAACCCAUGA